ACCGCACCAGCAUAUAACCUUUCAGAAAAAAAAUACAAGAUGUCUAUGUGGAAACGGCCUUCGGUUAUAAUGCCACUUCUGUUGUCUGUCUGGCUGUUUGGACAAUGCCACGCUUUCAGCUCGACUUUUGGGGUCGCAAAAACCGAAUCGCCUUAUGUACUCACGACUACUGCAGCGCCUGAAUAUUAUGAGUGGAAAGACAAUUCGGUUUUCCCAUUCAUUCUGAACAGCCUUAAACUCGGAUUAUACCUACACACAAACUAAAACCGAACAAAACUGACAAAACACCGCUUUUUCUCUUUUAAUUGAUGCUUCAAAACUUGUGAUUCCAAAUUUGACAGUAGCGUAAAAAAAUAAAAAUAAAAAAACAAGAUGUGGUGCAAAACGGCGGUGAUACUGCCAGUGUUUUUAGCUGGAUGUCUGAUGCGUACAAGUGAAGCCUUUGGUGGCAUCUCAUCUUUUGGGAAGGCCAACACCGACCCACCUCCAAAGCCCGUCACACCAGCCGCAGCGCCGGCCAAGCCGUGUUCGAGGCAAGCCGAGUGCAUCGCGGUCUCCAGCAGCUCUUGCGUGAGGACUCACUUCGACUCACAGACGAGAUGCCUGUGCGGGGACAACAGUGCGCCGAUCAACGGGCAGUGUGAGGCGCUUACCAAGUCUCUGUACCACUCCUGCACCACCAGCGAAGAAUGUAACGAUGGUCUGAACUGCGGCACCCCCAACAUAACCGACAAAUCGCCCCACCUCCGCAUGCUGGGGCCGAGGGACACCAUCUGUCUGUGCGACACUGAGAGCGGCUUUAGAGAAAAGGACCACACUUGCAGCGAUGCCGAAAUCCUGAAGACGUCACUGUUCGCCAUCAUCGUCGUCGUCUGCAUAAGAAAGAUCCUGACGAACUAGUUUAUCACUACACUUCAUGUGUUUGCACUUCAUUAUCGAUCAUUUGUU